AUGUUAACCAAACUUCUGCUUCUGUCGCUGGCCGCAGCCGUCAUCGGCGGUACGUUUCCGCCUUUAAUCAGCAUUUAAAUAUGAUUGUUCAGUUGCGGUGAUCAGUCGAAAGGAGGGAGAACGAUGCGACGAGCAUUUCCGUUGCGUGGAUCCUUUACUUUGCGAGAUCACCCAAGUAAUUUUAUUUGAAUUUUAUUACGUGUAUUGUUCCAAUAGUUUUUAAUUUCAGUUCCAACUAUGGAAUAGAACAUUUUCAAGGCUUUUUGUUUGAAAUUUUUUCAUGAGUCAUUUUUGAAAUAGCUAUUUAGAAACGUUUUUCAAAGAGAAUGGCUUGGCAAAUUUUUUAACCCAGCAAGCGAGAAUUUUAUCAUUUUGCACAACAAAAAAAAAUCGAAUCUCCUUAAUGCACUAUUUUUAUAAGUGAAGAAUUUUUCAGUACUUCUAUCACGAGAAGCCAGUGCCCAGAUGUGUCCACGAUGGUAAGUUUUGUUCUUUCAAUCGUUGUUAUUCUGAUUGAAUUUUAGCAUUGUGCAAUAUUAUUUUGAAUUUUAGCCAGGAAAAACUGGAUCGUCACCCGCAAGCUGAACGAAUCGUGCACAAUUCUUCAGUGGUGCGUCUACCCUCUUGCGUGCAGGGACAUCGGAGUAUGUUUAAAAUUUCUUUUCACAAUUACGAACUUCAAAGAUUCAUGGAACUUUCCUGAAACUCUUUAUUGGUGACUCAGGCAAAUCCUGGGAAGGUUUUGGGAAGAUAACCAGCAAGAUGUUGGAAGGUGAGUAGAAGCUAGAGGGUCAUGGGUAGGUCUUUGAAAGGUGUUCGGAAGGUAGUUGGAAAGUCUUUGAAAGGUAAAAAUGGAAAAUGCCUGCCAGAAACCUCCCAGAAGCCUGCUGGAAAGCUUCCGUCAGGCAUUUUUCUAAGUAGAAGGUUUUGGGAAGCUAUGUGGAAGGCGCUAGACCAAUUGCUGGAAAGUUUCUAAGCGCUUUCCGAGGAACCGAAAGCAGAAACUUCCCGACUUUUAACUGUGGACUAGUUCUCGCAAUUCAGUAAAAACUAAUUUGAAAAUGAUUUCGGAAAACUCAGGUGGAACACCCUGAUGGGUCGCCCUUCACGUGUGUUGAAGAAAGCAGAAAAUACAGUAAGUUUUAACGUACCAUUGAAAAUCCCCGUUUUCUUCUGCAGACGAACGGCCGUGGUUAAGGCAGCUUGGAGAAACCUGCAGCUCGUACCAAUGGUGCGAUCAGGGCCUGAAGUGCGAGCCGAGCGUAAGUUUUAUUUUUAAAAAAAUGAUUCCAACAGAUUCGAAAAAAAGUUGUAUGAUGAGCUUCACUUUCCUUGAAUUAAUCGUGAAUCUUUAGUUUAUUUUUCACGAAAAACAAAAAAGUCUCUCUAACUUGAUUUCAGAACGACCAGUGGAAAAGGUGCGUGAGGCAGACGAGAAACAUCUGCGGGUGUGUCUCCGUGGAAAGACACAAGAAACUGACGACUCCGAGAUUUGAAACAGCUCUGUAAUUUUUUUAUUCUUCCUAGUUCGAGGCAGCUGUCGAAAGCUCAAAAAAUUUUCGGCUUUAAAAUUGCUUGCGAUUCAAGCUUGUCACAUUUUUGGAGACAUUAGUGCUCAAUGGUUUAUGAUUUUCACAGAAAGGUUCGAAUCUUUUUUCAUUACAUUUUUUCAGAAGCCAAUGCUAUAGAAAGCACGCUCACGAACUUUGA